GUCCGGUCACGCCUGUGAUGAGCCGGCAACCCAUGGCUUCGGUUGAGGCGGACAAGCAUGCAGCUCACGUGGAGCUAGACAUGCAUGCAGCUCACGUAGAGCUAGACAUGCAUGCUUCUAGUGGGCUUGGACGUGUAGGCCUACCCCAGGGUGUGCAGCCAUGCAUAGUUGAACCUACGGCUGCUGUUCAGUCUCAGUCGGAGCCGGACGUGUCCACUGCUGCUCUUGGGUCUCAGGCAGAGCCUGACGUGGUCGCCUCACCCAUGCCUGCAGUCAGGCCAUCUUUGGCAGCGGCGCCACGUGUACCGGCGGUCGAGAUUGCCGGGGAGGGGGUUGCUACUCCACCCUCAUCCCCUCCUCCGGCAGCAGUGCAUGCGCGACAUCCUUCACCGGGGGUGACAUCCACACGCCGAAGUGCUCGACAUGCGGUGGCCGAUGAUGGAAGGACGGACACCGACGAGGACUCUUUGACCAAGGCUAUGCGGCGUAAAGCUGUGCAGAACCUUGACAACCAAGGUUAUCUACAGAUGUACUGGGACGCUUCGUUUAUGGUCCUCUCUACAACGAGUGGAGAAUCGAGACCUGUUUACGGAGGUGUGUACACGAUUGGAGGUUACGGCGAGGGAUACUUUUAUCCAACAUGGGUGGCAGCAUGAUCUUAGGAUUGGGCCACCGACGGUUUAGGCGCUAUACAAAUAUACUUUCUUUGUAUUUCGCCUUCCUUUUUUAUUUUUAUUUUUCGCUUGUUGUGAGGAUAUUGUUGGCUGUGUGCAUCUCAGUUAUGCAGAG